UGCAUCAAUUAGAUCACUUUCCGCUAACGAUUAGAUAAUUCAAUUUUGUAUGAAAAGAACAAUUUUAUGCUUCUAUACCAAUGAUUUUAUAUUAUCAAUAAACUAUUCCCCAAAAGACAGUUAAACUAUAUGAUUGUAACGAGCAACGAAACGUUGUAGUGUGUAGAACGCAUUCUAAUUUUAAAUAAUGUUCUGUAAGUUUCGUCAGUUGGGAAAGUGUGAUCGGGGAAAGCGGAUGUACACUAGUUGUAAUCUGGCACUCGGUCGGUAAAUAGAGAAAGCUCAGCGAAUUGUUUCUAACGUCUGGGAUACCACAGCGGUUCUGAAUGAUUUUAUUUUUAUAUGUCGUGAAAGUCAAGUGCGCAGUUUGAAUUCAGUAUACUACGGGUGACCUCGUAUGAUACCGUAGAUAUGAUUUUUGUGCUGAUUUAUUGAAGUAGAAUUAAUAAUAUUCUGGUGUUACCAAAUGGAGUGAAAAUAAGAUUUUCUAUUGAGAUCUGUGUAUUAGAGAACAACAAUUAUCUAAAACGCUUAGCUAAGAUAGUUGAACAAGUACAUGUAUCCCUUAUAUAACCGACCAACGAAAAUUGAAAUAAUUGUUUGCUCGAGCUUUGUGUAUUGUGCAAAAAUGUUCAAGAAAAAAUAAAAUCGCAUAUAAUAACAAGUAAUUCAACUAGUAAAAGCAAGUAGUAUCCUGAGGUGAAAAAAGUCAUAUCGGAAAUUAACCUUGGGAACUGGAAAUAAUAGAUUUGAAAUCAAGGCUAGUGAAGCUGUUUUCCAAUUGAGCAUACUUGCAAAGGUGAGAUACUAAAGAAGAACGGAAACGAGCAAUUGUCUAUCUACGGCUAGUUAUGGUGUUCAUGUUCUAUACAGGAUUGGAUUUCAUUCAAGGAGGCAGCGCCGACUACGAGAAUGCUCUUAUUUUAGCUGGAUUUGGGAAGUUUCAUUACCUGUUGCUAACAAUAUGUGGUUUAAUCUACGCAAAUACAGCGGUCGGCAUAACAAUUAUUUCUUUCGUCCUACCGUCGGCGACGUGUGAUUUCAAGAUGAAAUCGGAGGAUAAGGGAUGGCUGACUGCUGCGCCGAUGCUAGGAAUGGUGAUCGGCUCCUACUUUUGGGGUUGCUUAGCUGAUACCAAGGGACGGCGCAUAGUCUUAAUCGCAGCUUUGCUGUUGGAUGGUCUCGCUGGUUUGCUUUCGUCGAUAACGCAUAUUUUCGGACUAUUUAUGCUGUUGAGGUUCAUCAACGGAUUCGCAAUAACUGGAGCUAUGGGAAUUUGCUUUCCAUACCUAGGUGAAUUCCAGCCGACCAAAUAUCGAGAGAAGGUUCUUUGUUGGAUGGAAAUGUUCUGGACAGUUGGUAUAAUUCUACUGCCAAUCAUUGCCUGGUUUCUAAUCCCACUGACCUUCCGAUUCAGCUAUGAGUUCACACUUGGAAGCAUCGAAUUUUCUUGGGCGUUUAGUAGCUGGAACUUGUUUGUCGCCGUCUGUGCUCUACCUAGUUUGGUUUUAGGAAUUGGCUUGUAUAUGUUUCCAGAAAGUCCAAAAUUUCUGAUUGAGUGUGGUGAAACUGAUUUGGCUCUGGAAAUCAUCAAAGACAUCUACGAAUCUAAUUCAGGACGGAGUCGAUCGGAAUAUCCCGUAGAGGUUUUGAAACGAAGUGAGAAAACCAACAGCGUUAUGGAUACUCAUAAUAGGUCGAUUCGAACAUUGAGCAUGCGAAAACCAAAUCACCUGAAAAUACUUUUCAGUGAAAUUUGGGACCAAACUAAAGCUUUAUGCAAAACCCCUCACCUAAAAAAUACUAUUUUGACAUGUAUUAUUCAGUUUGGCAUUACCAGCAGCUACUACACACUCAUGAUUUGGUUUCCGGAGCUGUUCGAUAGAUUUGAGGAAUACGAAAAACGAUUUCCCAACACACCGGCCUCGGUUUGCGACGUGUCGUCGAUAGUGCUGGAUAACGUUAAUGGAACCUUGGUGGAUGAUUUCUGUGGCGGUUCAAUUGACACUAGCGUCUAUUUGCACACGCUGUUCAUUGGACUUGCUUGUAUUCCAACAAGCUUCUGGCUUCCUUUAUGUGUACAUCGUUUGGGCGCGAAAUUCUUCCUGAUAUCAAGCUUGCUUUUGGCAGGUGCCGUAACUGUGGGACUGUAUUUUGUGAUUGAUUCUAAGCAGAAUCUAAUUCUGUCAUGUGUGUUUGAGGCUUUGACGUCGAUGGCGAUUAGUACCGUUUAUUGUGUUAUGGUUGAUUUAUUUCCUACAAAUUUAAGGGUUAUGGCUGCUGCCCUAUCUCUAACGUUUGGGCGAGGAGGUGCUUUAGUAGGAAAUUUACUGUUCGGUUACUUGAUAGAUCUGAAUUGCGUAGUACCAGUUGUGAUAUUCUCGAUUAUGUUAUUUAUUAGCGGCGCAUUGUGUUUCUUCUUGCCAAGCACAGGAAGUGAAGCUCUGGAUUGAUUAGUGAUAAUGUCUAAAAACAAAACUAUGAUAUGAUUAUGCUAAGAUUUUAAUUUGCUAUGUAUAGCUUACCUAUAAUAACGUUUAUGCAAAGCACUAUCGCUUAAAUAUAUAAAAAGUGGAAACAUAUUCGCAAAGAGGACAUCUGCUAAAUAAAAAAUAGUUGUUAUUUUUUUUUCUGUACUUCAAGAUUGAUGUUUCCAUGAAUCUUCCAUAUGCAUAA